AUGCCCGCUCCAGCCAACAUCCAGGCCGCCACACUGAACAAGUUCCUGGCUGCAUGGCGGGAGGGAAGUGCGCCGGAUACAAUGGCUCUUUGGUCCGACGACUUCAAGCAACGAUUACUGCCCCUCUCGCUGGGAGAAAGUUCGUUCCGGUCGCGCGAUCAGGCCGCUUUGUUUUACCCCGGGCUCGUGGAGAAUUUGAGGAAUUGGGAGCUUCAUAUCAAGGAAAUUGUGCACGACCCUGAUAGGGGCACAGCCGCGGUUUAUGCGACUUCGCAAGCUGAUACGCCCUUUCCGGGCGAGAAGUGGACCAACGAAUACGCGAUUUUUCUGUCUUUCUCUGAAGAUGGGACCAAGGUUUGUAGACUGGAGGAAAUGAUGGACUCAGCCUUCUAUCAAAGAUUUGUUCCUAAGUUCCAGAAGUACUUGAUGGGGCUUGGCGAUUUGAAGAACUAG